UCACAACAUGCUGUACGAUACAGGUGUGUGCAUAAUAUUAUUAUGGUAUAUGAGACUAUAUAAUAUAUGGUAUAUGAGACUGUAUGGGCGAAGGUGUCAGUAUUUUUUUCUGACUUGCAUGCGAGUUUUGUGUUACAACUUCCUCUUCUAUUUAGUGCCCCCUUCCCUCUUCCACUGCAAAGUAAGAUGUCAUGAUGAUGGUGGUGGUGGUGGGGGAACAAAUAUUGAUCUUGAAAAUUAUACCUGUGACUGAAAGGGGGGCACCUUUUUCAGCGAGAUAUACACCUUGCCGCUAAAGAGAGCGUGUCUCAUUAUUUCUCUGUCCUCAGUUAAUCCACCAUUUCUGGACUCCAACUCCCGCACACACCCUAUGGGAGUGCCAUGGCUACCUCCUAACACUGUCACUCAAGGCUGUUCACAGUGGCUGCUGGCUCUCAAUCGCCUGUUCUCUCUUUACCAUCGACUACCUCGAACUACUGGGCAUCAAGCAGUUGUACUAUUCCUACAACGGGUUCGGUGACCCCCUCCACUACAAGUCGGCCGAACAGCAAUAUCUUCUUCGCCACAUGCGCCACCCAUUUCACCGCACCUUUUAUCCUCAUGUGGGCCGUGCCCGUAAUGUCUGCGACAGGCUACUCCUUGCCGUGAUGCUACCGCUCUACUUGGCCUGGGCUAGCGGGAUCAGUGCACUGGACAUGAAGUACGUUAGGACGCAGUUUAUCAACAAGUGGAGACAAUUGCUGAAGGAUCAUCAUAGGUGAAUUUCUGAACUUUUUUCUGUGUGUUACACUUCCUGCUACAUUUCCUCUCUUAGUCAUCAUUUUCCCCUCACUCAUGUAUUGUCUUGUAUACAUUGUAUACAGCAUUCAGAAUUUGUUAACCUUUUCUGAAAGGAA